ACAUCUAAAUAUAAUUAACAAAACGGCGCACUUUUAACAAGGAUGAUGUUACGUACAACUGUAACGGCAAGAAAAUCAAAGACUCUCCGAGGCAUCGCGUGAUUUCACGCUUCCGGAAGUUAAAUAGCAUGAGAGAGAGAGAGAGAGAGAACUGUCCGAGGUGCUGACACUAAUUUGGGAAGAUGGAUGAAUCACAAGAGUCCUGUAUCCUCAAUGCCGAAAACUGCAGCAGCAGCAGCAGCAGUGCCCUCAGCAGUAAAACGGGCAACACUCCACAAUGCAACGGUGCUUCAGAGUGCAGGACCCUGCUCCAUCUCCCUGAGUCACACGGUCUCCAGCUACUGAGCGUGCUCAGUUCAUUCAGGGAGCAAGGCCUGCUGUUUGACUUCACCAUUAAGGUCCAGGAACAAAGUUUUCCCUGCCAUCGAUGUGUCCUUGCAGCAUGCAGCGAUUUCUUCAGGGCCAUGUUUGAGGUGGAUAUGCGAGAGCGUGGUGAUGGUUCAGUGACUCUGGGUAACCAGUGUCCAGUGGCAGUGCGUUUAUUCCUGGACUUUGCCUAUUCAGGAGAGAUGCUCAUCACUGAUAGCAAUGUAGACAUGCUGUUUCAGCUUGCUUCUUUUCUGCAGGUCUCAGUCUUGUCCGAAGCGUGCAGCAACUUCGUGAUAAGAGCCAUGGAUCUCAGUAACUGCCUGUCCCUAUUCUCCCUUGCUGAGGCCUACGGCUCUGCAUCCCUCCUCCAAAGUGCCAAUGAGUUUGUGGUUCAGAACUUCGCUGAGCUUUCCAAAACCCAUGACUUCCUGGAUAUGCAGGUGAAUGUGUUGGAAGCAUGCCUGAGGUCAGAUGCUCUAAAUGUGCCCAGUGAGGAGGCUGUGGUGAUGUCUCUUCUUAGAUGGAUACGCCAUGAUCUCUCGGAAAGACAAAAGCUGUUGCCGGGUUUGUUAUCUCUAACCAGAUUCCACCACCUACCUGCACCUGUACUAAAGACUCUGCGUGAUGCAGAUGAUCUCCUCUGCAAUAGUGAGUCCUGCCUCGCCCUGCUCUCUGAAGCUCAGAGCAGGCAGGAUCAGUACAGCGGCCUGCUCUCUGACGCCAGGCCAGCCACCACACAGAGCUACAUCUUCAUCCACAAAACAGAGGAGAAUGGUGAGAUCCGCCACAGCUUCUGCUACCAUCUGGAGACAGACCAGUGGAAAGAGCUGGGAACAGGGCACAGAGAGGGGACGGCCAUGAUGCCAGACCCACCGGGUUCCUACCUUACUAGCUUUGCUGAGAAGAUAUUUGUGACAGGUGGAUGCCGGGGGAACUGUUGCCGGGCUAUACGUCUCCAUGUGGCUGAGCCGUUCCAUGACGCCACAGAUGAGGUUUGGUGCUUCUGUCCUGUGACCCUCACCUGCACGCCGGCUCCAGCCAUGCUGAAGCCCAGAACCACACACACAGCUGUAACCUGCCUGGACCGUAUCUACGUCAUUGGAGGACGGACAAGGGGAUCCAGAGGGGGGGCUCCCAGUCUGCUGGAGGUGGAGUAUUUUAAUCCUCUGACCCAGACCUGGAGCUCAGUCAGCCCACUGCCCACCGCCAUCUACUACCCUGAGGCCAGUGCUUGUGGCAGUGUUAUCUAUACACUGGGGUCAGAAGUGGAGAUAACAGAUUCCUUUAACCCUUCACUGGACUGCUUCUUCAGCUAUGACGCACAGCAGGACCAGUGGAGCCGCCUGGUGGCAGAGUUUGGACAAUUCUUCCAUGCUACCCUGGUCAAGGCAGUGUCAAUAGAUAACACACUGCACAUCUGUGACCUGUCCACUUACAAGAUCUACAGUUUUUGUCCAGAGACCUGCGUGUGGAAGGGUCAAGGGUCCUUUGAAUGUGCUGGUUUCAACGCAGGAGCAGUGGGUAUGAAAGACAAAAUCUACAUCCUGGGUGGAGACUAUUCACCUGAUGAGAUCACUGAUGAAGUUCAGGUGUACCACAGUGGGAGAAGUCAAUGGGAGGAAGUGGCUCCCAUGCCCAGAGCGCUCACUGAGUUCCACUGUCAGCUCAUCAGCUUCAACAGAUACAAAGACCCAUGGGGGGACACAGCAGAUACACACUCUUGAAUAGUCGAUUUGCAUGUGUGUUACAUGUGUCUGAUGGAUGCUGGACAGCUGACAGAGGGAAAGACAACUUUCCACCAACACCACAUCUUUCUCACAUCAUUAAAACAAGACUGCACCUGA